AUGUCUGAUCCAUGUACACAUCCUGUACAAUUAGCUGGUUUAUGUGCUGUCUGUGGUAUAGAUAUUACUUCCACUGUAAACAACUCUCUUCACAUCUCCCACUCCACCGCAAAUCUCACCGUCACCUACGACGAAGCUAAACGGAUUUCCACACGCUCAAAGCAUUCCCUAUUAAAAUCAUCCAAGCUCAGCUUAAUCGUCGAUCUCGAUCAGACUGUAAUUCACGCCACUGUUGACCCAACUGUUCAAUCCUGGUUGGAUGAUCCUUCCUUGGUCUAUCCUGGUGCCUUAGACGACAUUCACAAGUUCAAAUUAGAUGACUUCACUCCUCUCAAUCAAAGCUGCUCCUACUUUGUCAAAUUCAGACCCGGUUUGAUCGAUUUCCUACAUGAACUCAACCACCUAUACGAACUACACGUCUACACUAUGGGAACCAAGUCUUACGCUGCUGCAGUAUGUCAACUUAUUGACCCCACCGGCUCCUUAUUCUCUGAACGUAUCCUCACCCGCGAUGACUCUGGUAGCUUCACCUCUAAAUCCCUCCUCCGCCUCUUCCCCACCGACACUUCCAUGUGUGUCAUUAUCGAUGACCGCGCUGAUGUCUGGUCUGAUUCUCCAAACCUUGUCAAAUGCAACCCUUUUGAAUUCUUCGUUGGUAUAGGUGAUAUAAACGCCGGUGAGGAGGAGGUUCACUUUGAUGAAGAGGUUGGCGAGAAGGGGGGUGAGGAUAGUGACCAUCGUGAUCACCACAACCUCUCUCUCUCCCAACAAGCCAAUCAACGUCCACUCGCCCAGCGACAAAGGGAGCAUCGUCAACUCCUCUCUCGCACUCCCGACGCUGAACUCCCUCGUCUUUUACGCAUUCUCCGCCAAAUCCAUUCUACAUACUACACAUACCGUAACGCGGGCGAUGAUCCAGACGUCGCCGAGAUAAUCCCCCACAUGCAACGUCUAGUGCUACGCGGAGUGCAUUUGUUAUUCAGCGCAGUCGUCCCACUCGGUGCACACAUCGAACACAGCCCUCUGUACCACCUCGCCGUGCGAUAUGGCGCACAAGUACACACUACCUACUCCUCCGCCAUCACACACGUCGUCGCUGCUAAAAAGGGUACUGCUAAAGUAGACGAAGCGAGACGGGAGGAUGUCGCUCAUGUCGUUACCCCUCAGUGGCUCAUCGAUUCGUGUAAUUUGUGGGAAUGUCGUAAAGAGGAUUCUUACUAUCUCGAUUCACACUCUCGACCUAAAUGGCCAAAACAGGUGCAAAGUUUCAAUGAUAAACCUACUACCGAUCAUGUCGAUUGGGAUACCGCCGAUCAGGAGCUCGAAGAUUUCCUUAAUGAGGACAGCGCCGAGGAAGAGAAAGGAGAGGAGGUUAAAGAGAACACUAAGAAAAGAUCUCGCAAGAGUUCUACACCUCCAAGCAUAGAUGAGCAGGAUUUGCACAGUCACACUAACAACCAAUCCAACUCGGAUACUCCCAAGCGACAUAGAACCGACAACACCUCCGACGACCUUGACUCCCUCGAUAAAGACACCCCCAGUGAUAACCACAGUGACAGCUUUGACGACUUUGAUUUCGCUAAUCAACUAGAUGGCGUCAUCUGA